GAGAGCCACACACACUCCCAGGCCCCGAAUAUCUAAAUUAUGAGAAGGGGAAAACGCGUAUAAUAUACGUAUGUAUAUAUAUCUAUUUAAAAAACCUGAGGAGACAUCGAAGAGAGUGCUGGAGCUGGUGUCGUGAGUUUCUCCCACAGUGGGUUUCUGCUCGGGAUGGACGCUUACCGGGGAUCCAAGUGAAAGUUGACUAAUGCAGUGCUGGAAACUUUUUGAGUCAAGAUGCAGAAGAGUAUUUGGCACUCGCCGCCAAGCGUGGCUGUUGGAACUGGGUGAGGAAGAGACUUAAAAGGAGAAGUGAAACAAAUGUCAAGUUAAUAAAGACGAGCACCUGGAAUAAUUCUCAAUGUUACUACGAGAUCAGUCAAGCUUCUUCUGAGCCGCCACUUCACCAUCCGCCUGUCUGCGGGGCCCGAUCUUCCAACUUUGAACCUGAAAGACAGGGGAGCCCCAAGUGGAUUUUCAUGGCAGCGGCACUCUAGGGCUGCCAUGGCAGCUGCUGCCGCCGAUGCCUCACACCGUAUUACCGCACUGACGCCGGAGGAAGAGGGACGACGGUCCACCGUCAAGUUGUUUGGUAGCGCCGGCCCGCUGCCACACACAGAGCGAGAGAGGGGGAAAGAAGAGGAAGAAGAGGUGGGAAGAGGAAACGAGUGUUUACUGUGCGGGGCUCUAUUCGCCUCUCAGGAGAAGCUCCGGCUCCACGCAUUGAGCCACACGGGAGAAAAACCCUUCCACUGCUCACAGCCACACUGCCCCAAGGCCUUCAGCUCCAAAUACAAACUCUUCAGGCAUAUGGCCACACACUCUCCACAGAAGACCCACCAGUGCUCAUUCUGUGAGAAAAUGUUCCACCGUAAGGACCAUCUGAAGAACCACCUGCAGACCCACGACCCCAAUAAGGAGGCUUUCAAGUGUGAGGAGUGUGGCAAGCACUACAGCACCAAGCUGGGGUACAAGCGCCACGUGGCCAUGCACUCAGCCACAGCAGGAGACCUCACCUGUAAAGUUUGCAUGCAGAGGUAUGAGAGCACACCCAUCCUCCUGGAACACCUCAAAAGCCACUCGGGGAAAUCGUCUGGUGGUGCCAAGGAGAAGAAACACCCGUGUGACCACUGCGACCGCCGUUUCUACACGCGGAAGGACGUGCGGCGACACAUGGUGGUGCACACUGGUCGAAAGGACUUCCUGUGUCAGUACUGUGCCCAGCGCUUUGGCAGGAAGGACCACUUGACGCGUCACGUGAAGAAAAGCCACUCGCAGGAGCUGUUGAAGAUCAAGACCGAACCUCCAGAUAUGCUGGGCCUCCUCGCCUCAGGGUCGCCUCCUUGUUCCGUGAAGGAGGAACUCAGCCCCAUGAUGUGCAGCGUGGCUUCUAAUAAGGACCCCAUGAUGGGAAAGUCUUUUCCAAGUGGGGCUCCCUUUCCCAUCGGCGUGUACAACCCCCACCACCUUCAGGCCAUGUCAAACUCUGGGGUAAACCACCCUCACCCGCCCCUGAUGUCCACGUCCCUCUCUGUUGGCAUGGGUUGCCACAUGGAGUCCACUGGAUCCCUGCACCCACACUCCCAUCACCACCAUCACCACCACCACCAUCACCACCAUUCCCCUCCGGUGCCCCUGCCUCACCACCAACCUUCAGUCCCCCAGCAGCAGCACCACUCCCAGCAAGCCCCGAAAUACCAGCUGGGAUCUACCUCAUACCUGCUGGACAAACCCUUAAAGGUGGAGAUGGAAAGCUUCCUCAUGGAUUUGCAGAGUGGUUUGCCGGGCCCGCUUCCCUCGGCAGAGCCUCACGCUGCUGUUUCACCCUCCAAGGAUGGAAUAGAGCCUCCCGCCAGCCUUGCAGAAGAACUUUGCGGGGAUUCUCUGCUGUCCAAGAGCCCUGCAGUGAUUGCCGAGUCUUUGUCUGCUGCUAACAUGGACUUUUCCCACUUGCUGGGUUUUCUCCCGCUCAACCUCCCUCCGUACAGUGCCCCCAUGAGCACAGGAGGACUGGUGAUGGGCUACACCUCGUCUACGACCUCCUCCUCUUCCUCAUCUCUGCACGCUGCUGAGCCUCACUCAGCAGCAGCCGCCAUGGCACCUCUUACCUCUUUGCAACCACAACCUCAGGAGCACCAGAGCUCCAGCGGGGGUCUUGGACUUGGACCCCUGCACCCUCUUCCACCAGUAUUCAGCUCCAGCCUUAGUACCACCACACUGCCUCGCUUCCACCAGGCCUUUCAGUGAGAGUGUUGGUUUAGAUUAAAACAUGAGCAGAUGAUGCAUUCAAAAGAAGAAACGAAAGAACAAACACUUUGUUGCCUUAAAUGAAAGCACACAAAAGAUUUUGAUGAAUCCUUAAAAGGAAAUGGAAAGGCCCAUUUUUGGUGGGAGGGGGGUUGAAUAGUAAAAAGAAGCAGCUUCUAUUUGGGAUUUUUUUUUGCCCAUUUUCCUAUAGAUUUAAUAAUGUAUAACCCUUAUUUUUUCUUCCGUUGCCAUUUAUGUCCCUUUAUAUUUGCAUCCCCUUAUUUAGUAGUGUAGCAAGCAGAAUCAGUAGGCCAAAAGGCGUGGUACUGCUUAUUUUUCUCAAGCAAUAAUAGAACAAAGAAAUUUAUAAAAUUUUAGUGACAAUUAUCUUUAUUGUUGUGACCGAGAACAGAAUAUAGUUUGAAGUGGAUAUUUUUGUAUUGCUUACUUUUUUCCCCCCAAAACCGUUAUACAAUGUCUAUUCAGAGUCCAUAAUUUACCUCAAACGUUCUCCCAUCCGCACAAAUGCGACCCUUCUGGAGGGAAAAAAUUAAAAAUGAAAACUGCUCUACUGCCCUUUUAUUGCUUGGCGAACGUUAAAGUCAGGAUUAAAUGGAGAUCAGAUAAAGCAUGUGGCAUUUUAGCUGGGGAGCAAAGAGAAAUGUGAAAAGUGUUGGUUUAAAAAUGAUACGUUUUUCUUUUUGGACAACUUUUCUUCAAGAGAAGCACUUUGUUGUUUUAGCAGAAGGCACUUCAUUGUUAGGAAUCCGCUUUGUUUCAGUCCUCAUGGUUCUACUAUUGAGGUUGUAAGUUGUAACACCGAGAACUAACUUUCUUCACAUCUUCACAUUUGUGUGGAGAAUUCUUAUCUGCCCCACAAAAGAGGCUGUUCUUGCAAAUAUUUCCUAGGAUUUUGUAGGGAAAAACAAAUGUGUUUUUUUUCUCAGACAAACAUUAGGACUUUAUUAUUAUUGUUUGUUGUUUACCAAACAAGGGGCCCUAUUUUCGUACGCUGUCAAAAUGCGAGUGCGCGAGGCAAAGGAGUGUCUUAGAUCAAGGUUUAGUAAUUUCAUGCACAGGAGCAAAAGGGCACAAUGCGGCUGAAUAUAGGAGUGAACACUGCCGAUUCGCAGCCAAAUAGGUGGGAUUCCUUGUAUUUCCUUCAAGAGCAGUGGACGGGAGGUGAAACUGCGACACACGCUUGACAUGAGGACGUAGACUCGUAGAGUUUUUAAUCACCAACAUCCUGACGAUACAACACGAUAUAGAUUCUUUGGACAAUGAAACAAUAUUUGCCGAUAUUGCAAAGCCUGCUACAAUUCGAUUCAAAUUGAAGGCCUUUGACCUAUUUAACACAUUACGUAUUAUGUACACAUUUAAGAAAAUGAAUACUACCUAGUCAAAACUUUGCCUGGCACGGCCAGACUGUUCUCCCUGUAUUUUUCAAACACUGAGAGAAAAGUUUGGGAACCAGCCCAUUAACGGCCUCUCGAGCAGGUACAAAAUCAAUCGACAAAUCGGAUUCGUUUAUAUGCGUGACGUGUUCUUAACGAGCAACGUCACUCUUGCGCGUCGGAAGUCGUCUCCACAACAACACAGAUGGUGAACAGGAGAGCCGAGAAUAUGUUCAAAUCCACGGUAAAAUCAGUUUUAAAUUACCAAAAACACAUCGACACGAGUCAUUGACAACAGUCUGUCUUGCGCUAGCCAUGGUGAAUAAACUCCGUUCUCCUCGUAUGUUUACUUCCGCGCGCAAGUCCCUCAUCCUGCCCUCAUCGUUUUACUAACGUCUGCCCGUCGCUGAUUGGUCCACUCCGCUGUCUGUUUGCUGUGGCUUGCUCCGCCCUGGAAAUUGUAUCCGCUUAAUGGUGGCCAGACUCAAUAGCUGGAACAGCGGUGAGUCUGGUGUACCAGGCAA